AUUACAUUACAGUUCAGACAUUCGUCGGAAUUAAAGAAAUGAUUGCGACUUAUAUUUUUUUCUGAGCUUGCUUAUAAACCCACAAGCCUAUUCACAAAGACUCAGUUGAAGUACAAGACUACAAGAAUGAUUAGUUCAUGCAUUGGACUUGUCUUAUGUCUACUCCCACCAGGAACUUUCUCCAUCAAAGUAAAUGUGACGGCACUAGGUAAUGAGUUCUUACUGGCGUUUCCAAGACUUCGCGACCCGAACAUCUAUCUUCUAAUUUAUACACUUGCUGAGAAUAUUACGGUGAGAAUAUCUUUAACAAACCCAGGCAGUUCUAACCAUAGCUGGCUUGGGGAAUUUUCAGUGCUGAAAUUGAAGUCUGUUCAACAUCGGCUUGACAAAGACCAAGCACCAACGCCAUCGAAGGAGUACAGUCACCACAAGUGCUUGCUGCUGACCAGUGACCAACCGUUCGGCGUUCACGUCCACAUGUACGACGGUUCACGAUCGUUGAGCAGUUUCAUGGCGGUUCCGAUUCAGGCUUUUGGGAGAGCCUAUGUGGUCAUCACUCAUAAGACUCGAUCUUUCUUCACUGUCGUGGCUGAGCGCAAAACCAAAAUGUACGCUUCGCUCGUGAUCAAUCCUAGCCACGAUCUUGUGGUAGAAGGGGCGGUCCGACCCGUAGGCGCUCACAACUGGACAACAGUAGAGCUCGACAGCUACCAGGCUUUCUCACUGACGAAAUGCUUUGAGAACAGGUCUCUGACGGAAAUCUCUCUAACAGGGAGUAUAAUUGAGAGCAACCAUCCUAUAGGUGUCAUUUCCGGCAGCUGCAGCUUAAAUGACAACGGAUGUCAAAUGCCAGAAAAGUCUGUCACGUACUCCGACAUGGCCGCAGAAAUGCUUCUUCCGGAAAAAUUGCUCGGGCUAAACUUUGUCAUCGUCUUCUGCCGUAAAACCUCGAGCUUCGACUACAUCUUUAUAGCAACGUCCCAACCGGACACCCUCUUGCUGAUCUACCACAACCAGUCGGCAGAGCCAAAUAAAGUGUAUUUCCCAACAAAAGGUACACAGAACGUUACGCUGCGAAUACCUGAGACUUAUGUCACGAGCACCUACCCAGUGGCUAUUUAUUACUAUGUGACCACCACAUGUCAGGGCAGCGGAGACAAAGGCGGCCCCUCCAUUAUGACGAUAGUGCCAAAUGAGCUUUUCUACAACCUAUAUGCGUGGGUAAAUCCCCCAGCAGUCGAUGUCGUCAAUUUCAUAAGCCUUGUCCUACCUGUGAAUACUAAUGUUGAGAAAGUGCGAUGGAACAAUGGAUCAAUUCCUUAUGUAAAUAUGACUGUAAAUGAAGUCUGGGUCCGUUCAAAAUACGUCUUGGUGACACUGGAAAUGAGGCCCGAUAGUGGUGAGGCAGUUCUGGAGGCACCGUUUAACUUUGGAUGUUAUUUUUUCGGACUUGGCUAUGGAUCUUUUUUCCAAGCGGCAGGAUUUAUAUAUAACGACGAGAAGUUUGAAUGUUAUGUUUCUGUCAAUGAUCCAGACGACGGCGUAGACAAUGACUGCGAUGGACUUGUUGAUGAGGAGUAUGUAAAUUUGUUAGAUGAUGAUGGCGAUGGACUGAUAGACGAGGACACUUACAACGACUCAGACGUUACUUCAAAAAAGAAGAUGAUUGACCAGUACGGCAAACUAGCUCUGGACAAAGCAGAUAAUGACAGACAGAACGACAGCUCAGCACAGCUUAAAACCACACGAGAACCGUCUGACAAAAUGAAACUUCCGCCCGAGAAUUCAAGUUUCUUAACUUGGACAGUUCUGUUGCUGAUUUUGAUUUCAGCUGUUUCUGGAAUCCUGGGAAUCUUGUUCAUAAGCCCAAAAGCUCUGUCAGCGAAACAUGAACCAGGCGUGGUUGUUACAGGCGAGGUUGUUACAGGCGUGGUUGUUACAGGCGAGGUUGUUGCAGGCGUGGUUGUUACAGAGAAACAGAUGAGCCAUGUUGAAAAUGAUCUUCCGCCCGACCCAGAAGCAACAGCAGAUUUACCUUCACAAGAGAGAACGUCAGUUUGGAGAUUGAGUGUGGAGUCUAUUUUUAGAAACUCUUUUACCUCGGAUUCGGGGGUUUAGAUGCUGGAGAUACUGAAGUCAGGCCUGCUGACACAGACAAUUAGAAAAGACGAUCUCUGAUCUAAUUUUCAAAGAGUAGAAACAAUGCGACGCAAAAACAAAUACGCCAAAGAUCAACAAUGUAGACAAUUUUUGAUUUAAUUUUUAAACGCCCUCUGAAUUUCAUAUGCAAGUAGCUUGAUAAUUAAAACGAAUCUAUUUUUU